UCGGGCUGGGGGCGGGGCUUGAGGGGGCGGGGCUAUCGAGGGGCCGAGGAGACGGGAAUGCCUGCCCCAGCCUGAGGAGAUGCUGAGUUUCCUGUGACUGCAGGCAGAUAUGACUCUUAACUGGAGGAAGUAAGAGCUCCCAUCUCCUAACUUAUGAAGAAGGAAGGAAAUGUGGAUGUAUGCAACUUUAAAGAAAACAACGUCACUUGUUUUGCAAAUCCAGAUAUACUGGCUUGACUCUGCAGUUUGAGCUUUGCCAGAUGUCAAGUGUGAGUCUUCGCUCUGCAUUUCCUGGUUUGCAGGCACCUUCUGCUUGAACCAAUUUCAAGCAUGACUGCUGGAGUGGUUUUAUCAUGUGCCGACACUAAUACACCGAUAAGAGGAAGGAACAAAGUAGAAACUGGGACUACCCUUGUACUGGAGGCAGCUUUAGUGGUUUUGCUGACGAUGCAGUUAUAAAUGAAGACGAGCCACCGAGGGAGGAGACGAGGACAGUGACACGGACUGCUCCUGCCUCAGUGCUGUUCCCAGAAAGAAAUGGUGAGGAAAUAAAUGCAAGUCUGUGGGGUGCCAAGUUGUUGCCCGACCACCAGAUCUGGUUUCUCUGUGCUAUCGUUCUUCACCAAAAUAGCACAAGGAUACAGCUGGUGCUGCGGGACACAAUCUCUGCUUUGUUUAUUGCAUGGGGACCAUGGAAGGAAAAGAGACCUCACCAAGUCUGCACUCAGAGGAGAGCAGCGUGUUGGACCUACCCUCUGCUUGUGACCUAGCAGAGAACUUUCUGCCUCCAUGCAGCAUGGAAAACAGUGAGGGGCCUUGCUUUUCUGUGGAUACGCUUCCCUCCCCACCCCCAGGAGAGAGCGGGCUGCCCUUUGCAGUUCCUGGGGGCUGCUCUGCUAGAGGCGCUGAGAAAGCAAACGUGAGCUAUAAUCCAGAAGCCGGGCUGCAUGAGCCCACUGAGCCUGGCGAUGCUGCGCUGUCGUGGAUGUACAAAUGUGACAGCGCUGAAGAUACUAGUGUUGGGAAAUCUCUCGACAACUUCUACGAAAAGUACUGCGAAACGUGGCCAGGCAGGAGGGAUCCCACCUGCGAGGCUGGGUCACGCUGUCUGUCACAGAAGAUUUUGGAGCUAGCAAACCAGGAGGGAGCGAAAUAUGCCUUGCGUUGCCUGCAGAUGGCCCAGGUGGUCUUAAACAGAGAUGGGUGCAAGAUCUUCCCAAACCACCCCACCACUGCUUGUUUUGCAAAGCCAGCUGAGGGAGAAGUCAUGCUGGAAGAAAGAAUGAGAACGCCUGGACUCUCAGAUGAUGUCCUGCAACUCCUCUUGAAGCAAACACGGACAGGGCACAGCCCCUGAUGUGUUGCAUGAGACGAGAGCCAGAUGCUGGUUUGCUUCUGCUGUGAGAGCUGUGAAGGCUCUGCCUCCGCGUGGAUGGCCGAUAGCUGUGCGUGUUUGCCCACAUCCGUGGGAUCCUUCAGUAUGUAAUGCUGCCUGCCGGCUGCGUUGACUGCUGGCUCGCACCUGAGAGCGAAACAGGUCUGCGUGGUCAGGGCACCAGUGGGGAGGUGGCUGCCAUGGUGCUUUCUGACAAUGUUUCUUUAAAGGUGUCUGUGCAAAUGUGUCAACCUAAACAACAGAGGUCAUAAAGACAGCAAUUGUGAUCUGAGUGAGCUUUUGGGGCCCCAAAAAGUAUGUGUGGGCAUGUAUGAGAGAAGAAAUACAGCUUCUGAGUGAGGUCUCUUUCUCUUUUUUUUUCCUCUGCUAAAAAAGAAAAGCUUUGUCACCUCAGUGAUGUUUCUAACACUUCAAAUGCGACAGCUGAGCGGAGUUGUGAUUUUUUUUUUUUUUUUUUCCCUGUCUACAUGAGCUGGCAAAAGAGCAACCUAAAAUAGCCUCCCGAAGUGCUCUGCUGUGGUGUUUGCAGGGAAGCUGCAGCGCUGGAGCCUGCUGCCCUGUUAUCCAGCUGCUGGGAGAUGUAGAGCACCUGGGAAAAGUGGAGCUAAAAUCUCAGCAUGUCCAGGCUGGUGGUUUGGUUGGUGGCCUCAGUGCUGAUUUCUCCAGCUCCCUCCCUGCCCAUUAGUCCCUGCUGGCUUUGCUACCACAGGAUCUGCCCCCGGAGCUUUAACAGAGAGGGAGCCAACUUUCAGUGCUUGAGUGAGAUCCGUUAUCCUUGUCAGCGCUGCGCAGGACCUUGAGAUUAGUUUCCUGGUGUGUUGAUGGAUGAAGGGAAAUGUCCUCACAGAUGUCUGAACCGCAGGCUGCCCUGGGGGGGUUUCCCUCCAGUAUGGGUCAGCUGGAGUUAGCUGCCUACAGCAAAGGUUUCCUUCGCCUAACAAGCUCUGUGUUAGGGAAACUGUUCAAUCCAGUGUCCUUAACAGGGUUUGACUCUAGGUUUCUGCUUUAUCCAAAAGGUACAAAAUAAUUCUUUAUAAGAUGAAUUUAUUAGUAUGACAGCUUGAGCUGGGUGCCUCCUCAGAGGGACCCCAAAUGGAAAUUUCCCAGGGUAUUUAUACCCCUAUGGGUCAAGGUCUUUGUCCAUUCUCCCAUUUGUUGCACCGAUGAUUACUUGAAAAGUAGUAGUUUCUUCGCUCUUGGUUGGUUUCCCUGUUGUCUCCAGGCAGGGUUAUGGUACUCACAGAUCCCUGUUUAAGCUGUUUUCUUACUUUCUUGUCCUCUCCUUGUUUGAGCCAGCUCAAACAAUUUAGGUAAAAGUUCAGUGAUGUGCAGCCUUAGGCUUUAGUAAAUUUAGUAUUUGCAAUAAUAAUUGCAAAUAAAAAAUAUUGCAAUAAGGCAAUAAAUUAUCAUUACUAAUGCUAUUAUAUCCAACACUCUGCUGCUGCAGAUCCCCAGAAUUUUCCCUGGUUUUAGCUGGCAAGAUCACCCACCACUGGUGUUGGUGAGCCCAACACAGGGGUUUCCAGGCUUGGCUUGUGGUGAUGGUGUCCCCUGCCUCAAGAAGCUGAAUAGAGCUCAGCUGGAUGUAUUAGGCUCCAAAAAUCCCCCUGACUUUAAUGCUAGCAAAACAAGUUAGAUAUUUAGGGGAGUCUGGCAAUCUUGCCAGACACCUAACUGUGGUGUUAAGAGUCUAAGUAUGUUUGAGUUUAAAAUACCUGAUCAUUCCUACCAUAAAAUGAACUGCUCUGUAUCUGGAGAAACCACUUAACUUUUAGGAGGUGUUUCAUUGGGGUUUUAUAGCUCAAUUGCUUCUAUUAAGUUAAACAAGACUGCUGCAUGGAGAAUAAAUACCCAUCACUUCUUUUCACACUUGCUGCUAAUUAAUUUUUUACAAACCUGUGCUGGAACCUGCUGUAUGUAUUUCCAAGUCUGCUGAAAGCCAAACCAUUUACAUUACUCAUUUCCUGAUAAACGUCUCCUUAGUUUAUUCCAGACGGGGGAAAUGAAUGCAUCGCUCCCCUUCAUCAGGUGUUCCAGACUAAAAGCCCCCAUUUCUUUGAACACAUUUCGCUUUAAAGAAGCGCAGUGCUAUUUGGCAUUUUAUGAUGCUGCUUGAAAGAAAUUGUAAUGAUGAAUAUUAUUGCCGCUGAGCAGUAGCACAGGUGGUCCAACGUCUGUGUUUGAAUUUCUUGAGCUGAUUUGCAGUUAUAACUAAGAUGUGUUGCAUGGAAUGAACAAA